AGUGACGACAUGGCUGAAUACGUCAAAUGUCUGCGACGGCGACUGUUGGCAAAACAAGCUCAGUACCGUCUGCGUGGACCGCGUCAAGAUGAUGAAACUCGUUUCCCUUCUCGGUUGUUGUUGAAUCAGCGAAUGCUCUCAGGAAUUCUUGUUCUCUAGAUCAUGCCCUACGAUCCCGACCAUCCUCCGGCUAAAAAAUUCAAGCCGGGGUCUGUUUUUUUCCGUCUGGACAAGCAGAAAUCUGGCAUGUUGCUGCCAGGCAGGGCAAAAGCCACCCCGCCGCUUGAUGUCCAAAGGAAGCAGCUUCCUAUUUACCAAGCGAGGGUCCAACUUUUGAGCCAACUGAGGCAGCUCCAAAAUGCCAUUCUAAUAGGCGAGACUGGCUCGGGGAAGACCACCCAGAUCCCGCAGUAUCUUUAUGAAGCUGGGAUUGGACGCCAGGGCCUCGUUGCCAUCACUCAGCCCCGCCGAGUGGCUGCGAUCUCACUGGCAGGGAGGGUGGCAGAGGAGAAGAGGACGCAGCUUGGCAAGCUGGUGGGGUACACCGUGCGUUUUGAGGACGUCACGUCGUCAGAGACGAAGCUGAAAUUUAUGACUGAUGGCAUGCUACUCCGCGAGGCCAUCGGCGACCCCUUACUGCUGCGCUACACUGUGGUCAUCCUGGAUGAAGCUCAUGAGCGCACGGUGCACACGGAUGUGCUCUUUGGAGUUGUCAAGACGGCUCAGCGCAGACGCAAAGAACUUGGCAAGAUUUCCCUGAAGAUCAUAGUGAUGUCAGCUACAAUGGAUGUGGACCUGUUCUCAGAAUAUUUCAACAACUCCCCUGUAUUAUACCUGGAGGGGAGACAACAUCCCAUUCAGAUCUUCUACACCAAGCAGGCUCAGUCUGACUAUCUGCAAGCUGCUCUUGUCACCGUGUUCCAGAUACACCAGGAAGCACCUCCAUCACACGAUAUAUUGGUCUUCAUGACGGGCCAGGAAGAGAUCGAGGCUCUAGCAAGGACAUGCCGGGACAUUGCCAGGCAUCUGCCUGACAACUGCGGACCUAUGGUAGUCGUCCCUCUGUAUGCGUCACUGCCUCCGACGCAACAGCUCAGGGUUUUUCAGGCAGCUCCAAAGGGUUCCAGGAAGGUUAUCUUGUCAACCAACAUUGCAGAGACAUCAGUCACAAUAUCUGGCAUCGUAUAUGUCAUAGACACGGGGAUGGUGAAAGCCAAACGUUUCAAUCCUGACAGUGGUUUGGAGGUCCUGGCAGUGCAGCGUAUUUCUAAAGCACAGGCGUGGCAGCGAGCGGGCCGGGCCGGCAGGGAAGACUCGGGAAUUUGUUACCGUCUCUACACAGAGCAGGAGUUUGAUAAUCUCAUCCCUAUGACUGUGCCUGAGAUUCAGAGGUGUAAUUUAGCCAGUGUGAUGCUGCAGCUCAUGGCUCUUGGGGUUCAAGAUGUUAUGAAUUUUGAUUUCAUAUCCAAGCCCUCUCCAGAGGCUAUUUCCUCGGCUGUGGAGCAUCUGGAGCUACUGGGGGCUGUGGAGAGGAACAGUGGGAAGGUUGUCCUCACUGCCUUGGGGAAGAAGAUGUCCAGCUUCCCCUUGGAGCCAAGAUAUGCCAAGACCAUCCUGCUGUCCCCCGACUACUCCUGCUCCGAGGAGAUUUUGAGCAUUGUGUCUAUUCUGUCGGUGGACACCGUGCUGUACAAUCCUCCAGCACGGCGAGAAGAGAUUCUUGCUGUGCGCAAGAAGUUCAUGUCCAGCGAAGGAGAUCACAUGACGCUCCUCAGCAUCUACAGAGCAUUCAAGAAAGUUAAUGGGAAUAAGGACUGGUGUCGGGAAAACUUUGUCAACAGCAGGAACAUGGGUCUAGUGAAAGACGUCCAAGGUCAACUCAGAGAAAUCUGCCUCAAGCUGAACUUGAAGCUGGAGUCGUGUGGAGCAGACACAGGAAAGGUUCGCCAAUGCCUUGCCCACGGGAUGUUCAUCAAUGCUGCAGAGCUUCAACCCGAUGGUAGCUACUUGGCUCUGGACACCCACCAAUCGGUGGCCAUUCAUCCUUCGUCGGUCCUUUUCCAGGCCAAGCCGGCGUACGUGGUUUUCAAUGAGCUGCUGCACACCUCACGCUGCUACAUGAGGGACUUGUGUCUGGUAGAUGCUGAUUGGCUGCUUAAUGCUGCACCGGAAUACUUUGGCCGCAAACUGCGCCCUACUAAGAGCUAGCCGGUUGUGUUUCGUGCACCUCACUAAUACAGGGGGUCCUCGGUUAUAUGACAGUCUCUGGCUACAAUGUUUUAUAGUAAUAACAGUGUGCAGUUAAAUUGCGCCACUUCCAGUGUGAAAGCCCGCCAUUAGCCAGACGGUUAAGAAUGAUCAUUUUUUUUUUUUGGUACUGUUUGCAUUUCAUUUUUUUAUAUUCAUUUUUUUUUCCAUACAAAUAUUAGCUGUUAUCAUUAGUUUACUGCAGCAUUAUAAAAAGUUAGUAAUAGAGGUGACAUAACCUCCAGUAAAUAUUUUCUAAAAUUGGGUUGCAUCAAUGUAAUAGAGAUGGAAGACUGUCGUAAAUCGAGGGCCCCCUCAAUGCAGGACUAUCAGCAUCGUGUGGAGACCUUAAGUCAUAAUACUGCUCAAGAAAGCAUACUUUGGAAUAUUUACUAAUGGAUUGCACUACCUCCCUCUUAGUUCACAGUAUCACUGUAGCAUGACACUGAGGCCUCAUGAUCAACUCAAUUAUAUCAAUUGCCUUGAUAAUCCCAUUUGGCCAAAUGUGGGAGAAAAAAAAAAAUCAACAGCUAAACAGGCAUUUGUUCUGAGAUGUUAGAAUUUCUUCUCAUUUGCUUGCAUUAAAAAAAAAAAAAAAAAAAAAAAAGGAUAUUCUCACCUAGAACCCAAUGACAGUUUAUUGAAAGUACAUGGAUUCUUUGCCAAGAAUCUCCGAAUAUUUAGAAUAGAAAUAUUUGGAAACCAAAUACUGACAAAAAGAUGCCAAUCAUCCAAAGGUUUUUCAUGUUGACUAAAUUAGGCCAUACAGUAUCUUGUACUGAAUUUAUACAAAGCGGUCUUGAAGAGGUUUUACACGUGCAAUGGCUGUAGAUUUGAUUCAGUCAAUGCAUUUGAAAAGUCACAUUUUGACAAAACGUUGUGGAAUGUCAAAGUGUCUUGAGCUCCUUUUUGUAAUAUGAGCACCCUCUUACGCAUGCUGUUUUGACACAUUUUCCAAAUCCUGUACUGGCCCAUCAGGGGAAGACGCAUGAAAGCAUUUCCAGAUUCUACCUUUUGAUAUUGUCUGCAUUCAGCUCAGAAGAUGUAUGCUAUGCAUGGAGGGUUUGAAGAAAUGACCUGAUCACUCGGGUCUUUCGCGCUUUGUAGAAUGUAAAUCACAGAUUGUAGGAGAUAUGGAAGCUUCUUUAGUGAUUUUGUACACUUUGACUCAGGAUUGUACAAUAAGUUAAAUAUUUUUACAGUAUGGCGACCAUGUAAGAACAACCGCAUGUCCUGAUUUAUUAAAAGUAUUGCUUUUGAAGCGGUAAUUUGGCUUUUUGGUUUUUUAUUUUGUUGAAAUAAUGCCUGAAAGUAAACCUUAGAUCACGUGAAAACAUACAAUUGCUGACUAUGAGUUGUGAACAGAGGAUGGAUGAAAAUCUGAUUGUGUACAAUUUUAUAUUUACAUUACACUAAUGUGUUAUUUCUCCAUGUGAUGUAUAGUGAUCAACAAAU